AUAUCUGUUUUUCGUGAUUAUACUUGUUAGCACGCUAUAAGUUUAAUUAAGGGCUAUCCAUAUUUACUUAAUGAGUUAUCUCAUAGUUUUUCCUUGUCCACCAUUUCAGGAAGCAAAGUCAAGGAUGGGGAAAAAUGAGGGGAGUGACGAGUUAGAAGGCUAGCCAUCUUGUAAAUUGAACAUAGAUUUUAGAUAUAAAUCAUGAUCUUAUGAGCUAGACGUUAUUUGGAGAUUUUAUGAUAUCAAAGCAAAUUUUAAAUUUUAUCUUCAGAUUUUGUGGUAUCAGAUUGUGGUAUGAUAAAGUUAUGAGCCUUGUGCAUUUAUGGGACCUUCUCACAAGUGUACGGCGUCUGUUACGCCCUCAGAUUUGGAUUUCUUGGCAUGUGACAAAUUAAGUGGUAUCAGAGCUUAGGUUUAAUCAGAUUGAGUGGUAUCAGAGCUCAGGUUUAAUUGAAUACCUAGGAUUUGUUUAGAACUUGGCUGGCCAAUGGAUUUUAGAAUCGUGGUGAGAUGAGUGAUGGAGUUAUAUAAGGGACGAUUCUGAUUCAUGUUGCCUGAAUUUUCUAAUCCAUUUUGAUGAGAUGAUAAUCUGAUUGUUCUUGUUUCCUGCCUUCAUACCUUGUGUAGAUUCAUGAAAUUAAUCUUGUCCGCCAUGUUCUUAAGACCUUGUUUUGAAACUUGGUCAUUUUCUGAUAGUCUGCACUUGUUUAGACUUGUUACUUGAAUAAAAUUUUUGUAUGCUC